GCUCAAUCUCCGCGCCAACUCUCCCUCUCCUGUCGCGCCUCAAUCCCGCGGUCCGCCAUGAAGCCCGCACAGCCUGUGACGCGACACGCAUGCGUCCGAUGCAUCCAGCUUAAAGUGAAGUGCGCGCCUAUCCAGGAUAUGCAGACGUGCGAGCGAUGCGCCAGACUCGGACGGUCGUGUCUCAUGCCGGACAGCUCGCGUCCCAGCAGUCAUAGGUCAGCCUAAUAGGAAUGACCGGGGCCCAACACAGGCAAAAAGACAAGGGGCCCGUCCCAUCGCAAGCAGCGCAUCGUCUUCAACGGCACGCCCAAGCCUUCCGACUUCCGAUGCAGACACACAAAAUGACUACAUAUCUGGGUUACAGAGAUAUGCAUACAUGCUUGAGUCGGAG